AUGAUACUGUCGGGUAUCCUAAGCGGACCAUCCAUUCCAAGUAUAUCUCAACCAUUCAACCAGGAAAUAGGACACAUAUCGGUCAAUUUCUUCGACAAAUUUCCUUGCCCGUUCUUCGUCGCAGCCAAGAGGCAAUUGGGAAAAUCCAAGUUGAAAUCCAAAACCAUGGAUGAUGUGAAUCGCGACCCGUCAGAUCCUAUUUUUGACGAACUCUUUCCUUAUCACGCAGGGAUUUCCGGCCAAGCCGCCAAAUUCAUGAAGAACACAAUUGAAGAUACACUCGGACAUAUCCUCGGAUGGGCCGAGGCAGUUCUCGAACCACAGAGACGAGACCGGACCAUGUCUAAGCGCCUCAAUUUAGACCUUGAGCUGUUUACCGAAGGAAUUCGCAAAGUCGCCCUGGAACCCCUCGAUAACUUCGAUGACGAGCUGGAACAGCUCGCAGAGAUAUUGAAGCACGCACAUACGCUCUUUGACGAAAUUAACCGCGAGAUUUACCUCUUUUAUUUCACGAAUGCGAUCAUGAAAAUGGAUCUCACCAACAUACUGGCCCGAUAUCUCCCUCCGUGUCUGGCCGACGAUGACUUCUGCCUCGAAAGCUACAACCGGGUUGCUCCUCACGCCCUACACAUUUACGAGCAGGUUCAUCUAGAGGCGAAGGCUUUCCAAGAGUGGCAGUACAAGAUUCAGUACGGCAAUUCUCCCGAUGUCUCACAAGACCAGCCGUGCCGUCUUUGGAACGACAUCUUGGUGGACGCCGUCAUUCAUGCGAGGGAUAUAUAUGGCAGCGAGGAUUUCCCAGAUCCUCUCUCACUCGAAAGCAUCAUACGAAUCCUGGGGGACGCACAUACUCGACACGCUAACGUACUCAUCCCGGACCAAUUCAUAGGCAUCGAGAGAUUUCAUGAACUCAACGACAUGCAGUUGGCGGCCACGCUGGCGGAGGAUCUGUGGACACUCGAGUGUCGAUACAAAGAGCUCGGCCAUCUAGGGGCCGAAUAUGACAUCGAAGACCUAAAGGCAAUCAUUAGUGAGGUCAUUGGAAAGAAUUUUUCCCACUUCAAAGUCUCCAUUUCGGGAAAGAUGCUCGCUGCGUGGAAGAAAGACGACAAUAAUCAUGACAUCCGAAUCGAGUAUAACUAUAGGGACGAUGAUGACGACGACGACCUCUUCGCAGACGUCACUGUGGGAACUGGAGUACCCCGGGUUGAAGUUCUAAACGGACAUUUAAUAAUGUUGGAAAAUGAUGCUUCCACAUUUGAGGAUAAGCAAUGGGACGUCGAUGUUGGAUUUGUUAGGGGCCAGGCAAUCGUAGAAUGGGAGGAGGAGAUCCGCCGGCAGCCUCAUCAGGACGGAGACGAGCCUCCUUUGUAUUCUGAGAGCUUUAACGAUAUACCACCCCGUUAUGGGGAUGACGAGUUGGUGCAAAGAACUGCGCCAUUGGAUAUCUAG